AUGAUAGCCUCUUUAAAAGGAGAAUUCUCCAUUGUACGUUGUUUGGUGGACCAUGGGGCUCUUUUGGACUUGACAAGCAAAGACGGUAGGACUGCUCUACAUAUGGCAGUCCAAGAAGGACAUGCUGAAGUGGCCGAAUACCUAGCAUCUUGUUGUCCUUCAAGUAUGUAUGUAGAGACAAAAUCGGGUCGGAUUCCUAUUCAAAUGGCAGCAGCAUUGACAUCCGAACGACAAAUGGCUGGAGAUAGAAUGACGCGUUACUUUAUAUCAUUAUCAGGUACAUCACGGAUGUUAGCACAUAUGGAUCGAUCUGGUCGCACAGUGUUGGAAGACGCGGUGGUGGCGAAUCAAAUCGAAUUGGUAAAGUGGCUUAUUCAAGAACAUGGAGCAACACCUGAAAGAUUGGAUGCUUUGGGUAGAAAUGGAUGGCAUCAUGCGGCAAUGAUGGGUCAUGUAACGAUGAUACAACAACUUCAAGCUUUGACGACAACCAAUACAUCAUUGGAUCAAGCUGAUACCUGGGAUCUUUGGACUCCUUUGAUGUAUGCUGCGAAAAAUGGCCACCUGGAUUGUGUACGUUGUUUACUCGAAUUACGAGCAGACAAGACAAAAAAGGAUAAAUUGGGUCGCACGGCAAAAGAUUUAGGUAAAUAA